CUCAAAACUGAAAUAGCAGAUUAUGCAGUUUUGUUUUUGUGCAGUGAAAUGUGUCAAAUGUAGUUAUGACUGGAAACUUUCUUCUCUUUUUUCUUUCACGUGACAGUAUAAAUCAUGGUCUGUGGAAGGAAGCACAUCAUCAUCAUUGACCUACAUAAGCAAUAAAAUGGAAGAUUUGAGAUCAUACCAAACUUCUUUUUUUCUGCAUUUAUUUCUUAAAAUCAUAAUACCAACAAUAUUAGUUUGUAGCCUAUGACGUACACAAGAUCCCAGCAACCAUUAUCACCUACUUUUACAACUUUUUAAAUGCAGUCAUAAUUAUGACAUAAAUACAUGAUUUGAAAUAGCAUUUUCUUCAUCUAUUUAAUGACUGCCAAGCUGUCAACUGCUGUUGAUUUUAAACUUGAUUUUAAACUAGCAAGGGCAGUUUUACUCAUUAGCAGGAAAAGGACACAAAUCAUGUGAAUGCUAUUAUGUAAACCAAGUGUUUUGAAACUCCCAUUAACUGGCAACUACCUUAAAAUGUUACUAAGGAAUAACCACAACACUUUAAAGAACAACUGGCUUCAUUGUGAGAGCAAUACUUUCAUUUCACAUUUGUCAAGGAAAAGAGAAAUGGCUGAGUUUUGAAGUAGGUGUCUUUAACCCUCCCGCUGAUCUUUAAAAACACUCAAAUAUCCCUCUCAAAACAUCCACGUCGCUCAAUAUUAGUCUCAAUUUGCUGUGCAGUUUUCUAGCAAUUUCUUUCAGUUUAUCAGAAGAAGUACUACUUACAGAACUGAAAACAUUAAGAGAACAUCAUGACUGAAGAUUAUACAUCUACAGAACCAGAAGACCAACUUUGUCGCAAAGAAGAGGUGGUCAAAGUUGGAUCAAUUGUUGUUCCAGUUUUCUUCGCUCUGCUGGUUGUGUUUAGUUGCAUUGGAAACCUGCUGGUUCUGGUCAUCCUGGUGCUGUAUGAGAAGUUUAGAUCGCUGAUCAACAUCCUGAUCCUUAAUUUAGCUGUGUCAGAUCUGCUGUUCACUUUUAGCCUUCCAUUUUGGGCCUCGUAUUUCAUCUGGGGUUGGACAUUUGGAGAGGCUGGCUGUAAAGCUGUGAAGUUUCUGUUCUAUGUUGGCUUUUGCAGCAGUGUGUUGUUCCUGACUGUAAUGACCGUUCAGCGUUACAUGGCAGUGGUUCAUCCUCUGUCUGACUGGGAGAGAUGCAGAAGCUUUUCGGUUGCUCCCUUUAUCAUAUGGAUCUUGAGUGGAACAGCUGCACUGUUAGUCUCCCUUCAUAGCCAAGUCUUAGAACAUGAAGGAAAUCUUUACUGUGAAUUUGACAGUGUUCAAGCAAAACAUGCCACUGUUUAUUUACAAAAUGUUUUCUUCUUGAUUGCAUUUUGCAUCAUGGGAUUUUGUCAAGUCAGAAUGUUCCAGACAAUCGCACAAUCCCGAUCAAAGCGGCGACACAAGACUAUCAAACUAAUAUUCUGCAUUGGGCUGAUAUUCUUCAUCGGUUGGGCUCCAUACAACAUUGUUAUGUUCUUGAGAAUUCUGCAGGAUUAUGGUUUGUCUUCAUUCAUAGACUGUAAUGCAUCCAUUCGUCUUGAUUAUGCAUUUUAUGCUUGCCGACUGUUGGCUUUUUCACAUUGUUGCUUAAACCCAGUGUUUUAUGCUCUAAUUGGAAAAAAAUUUCAGAAACAUUUACAGACGAUAUUGAAGAAAAUGUGUUGAAAAUCAAGCAGUUCUCAGGGAUGUUAUUUUCCGUAUUUUCCGACCUCUGAGGGACGACCCAUGUGAUUCGCGUAGAUCCAAAUUUUUUUUUUUUUGAGGGGGCGGGGGGUAGUUUUGUUACUGCAUGAUGAUUGAAAUCGCGCAAAUAGCCUUAAAGGUGCAAAGUGUAAUAUUCACAAAGAUCUAUUGACAGAAAUGCAUUAUAAUAUACAUAAUUAUGUUUUCAGAGGUGUAUAAAGACCUUACUUAAUGAACCGUUAUGUUU